GGCCUGAGUAGGAGGGACACUCUGGCGCUUCAUACUCUGCUUCUACCCCUCCUUUCCCUUCCCUCCUGACCUUAAAGGGUAGGGCUGUGGGGUGAUCCCGGCCUACGUUGGCCAGGGGUGAGUAUGUGGUGCAGGCCUUCUCCCUUAGUCCAGAGGAGGUGGAAUGAUAGGAUUUGUAGAGGAAGGACUGAGGGUCUGGUAGCAAAGAGGCCAAUGACUGGGGACUCCAGCACCCCAUGGCCACUGGGACCCGAUAUUGAGAAAAGUCCUGCGGAAUUAGAAGGUCUGAGACCCAGUCUGCCUUUUUCUGGUCAGAUGAAGAGCUGGCCUCUCCAGAAGCCACAAAGACAGACCUGGUGUCCAACUAACCAGGAGGACAGUCAGGACCCAGGCAGUGUGCUCACAGCAUUCCUCACAUCAUCUUAAACUGUCCCCACCCCAGAAGGUAGAGGGGGCCUUGAAGGGGUAACAUUCUUCAACUUGUGGCAAAACUAAGGUUCUGGCUCUGAUCUCUCCAAAUCCAAAGUUAGCUCUUUUUCCCUAAAUAGCCCUGCCCCCUCCCCCUGCCCUGUUUCUGCCCAGCUGACUGGAAGAAGAGGUGGUGGCACCAGGAGGGGCAUCUCAGGACUUGACCUGUAUGAGGCUGGGGGGUACCUGGAUUUAGGGGUGAUCUCCAAUUUACCCCAAGUUUGUUGGGGAAGACAUUUCCCCCUGAUGAAGGCACUGACAAAGUUGUAGUGCCUUCCAUCUGAAAAGAACCCUGUAUUCAAAAAGAAAAACAGCUGCAGCCGGUGGCCAGGAGGCAAGGUCAAGAGGGGUCAUGGUCCUUUAUCCUAUCAGGAUCUCAAAGCCUGUAGAGAUGGAACUAGCAUUGUGCCCCAGAAUCUUGGGUUUCCUUUCCCUGUGAAGACCUUGCUUCGCACCCUCACUCAAGAGAGAAGAACGUCCCUCUUUUUCCUGAGGACAAACUGAGGUCCAGGGCAGUGGUGAGUGCUCAGUGUGAGAGCCUGCAAUUUAGACAGAUGGCCUAGCCUCUCAGCUGAGCCCCCAAGACUGCCAGACAUGCAACUUGGCCUUGAGAUUGUGCUGUUAGAACAGAACAGGACAGGAGAGAGAAUUCGAAGGGUUCCCUUGCCACAAGCUUCCAGCACUUCGGACAGGAGAACCAGGAGGAGAAAGAAGCAGAGGGACCUUCCAGGACCCACUCCACCACAGGCUCCUGAGUGGGCACUCUGGGAGUCAUCAGCAGAGAAUCAGGUAGCUGAAACCGAAUUAGGACCUCCCAGGACUCUGAGGACUCAAGAGGCUCAAGAGAGCCUCUUGCCCUGGCAGAUGUAGGAUUUAGGGACCACUCUGUCCCCUCACCCAAUGUGGAAUUCUGCACAGUAAGCGCUUGGUAAAUAUGGUUGACAGGAUGAUGGAGAUAUCCACCCACUCCUGUCACAUCUCUGCCCUUCCUCCAUGCUCUGCAUAAUUGAUGGCCAGGGACGCAGUUCCCCUCCCCCAAAGUGACCUAAUGUCUAGGCCAGGGGCUUCUGGCAUAACGUGCCCCCAAAGUCCUGGCGCCAAGGCCCAGCUGGGGGGCAGUGGGACACAGCUGGUAGGUCAGAGAUAAAGGAAACUGAGAGGGCUGUGUGUUGGGAGAGGAAUCUCCAGUUGACUGUAGCUCCCUGGGGCCUGGCUUCCCCUGACUCCCUCAGGUCAGUCUGGAUGAGCUGUGUUAGCCUAAGGACAGGUUGGCGGUGGCCUGAGGAGCCCAGCUAGAGACCCUCCCUUUCCCUGGAUCACAUCUCCUACUUCUUCAGGUAACUCCCACUGCCCUAAAAGACAAACAGGUGAAAUGGUUUCUCUCCCUGUCUCCCUAGUUGCGAGCCCUUGGAUACCAGAGGGGCCUCUGGGGAAGCCUGGUGAACUGGAGGGAGGCUUGGUGGCAAGUGCCUGAGCAUGUCACCCUCUCUAUGCCUGAAACUCCUAGUUGCCAAACACCACAUGAGGACUGAGAACUUUAAAAAUCCAGGUGUGGUGCCUAGUCAAGGCUCAGCUUCUAAAUAGGAAAGACUUGGGAAGGGCACAGAUGGUCUCCACGUUUUCCAGUUCUUUCUCCGCUACUUUUUUCUCAGUGCCCUCUCUGCUUUUCACAUUCAGGCGUUCAAUCCAUCCUUUUCCGAUUUGAUUCUCCCUGCGCUUCACCGUUGCGGUCUCUGAAUUUCUCCGCUCGCCACCCCCACCCCGCCCCAUUCUCUGGGUGUGCCUGUUGCCCUUCUGUGUCCCUAUCUCCCCAUCUCCUGCUUUCUCUGUGGCACUGCUCCCCACAUUCCAAGCCGAGUCCCCGCUCCCCAGCACCAAUGGCUCUCCCUCCACUCGGUGCCCGGGCCGAAGAUGCGUCUGCAUGAGAGGUCGAGGGAGGUAUGCGAAGGAGGGCAGCGCACCGGCGGCCGACUGAGGGGGCCCGGGAUCGGAACCCUGAUCCCCGCCGGGCUCCGGACCACCAGCACAGGCACCGGCCCGGGUCAGGGGCGGGGCCCAGGCGCAGCCCCGCCCCCGCCGCUCACGUGACUCUGGGCUAAUCUUGUCCUGGUGACUUCACACGCCGCCUCGGGCACAGUCGUCAUGGUUACGCCGCAGCGCCCAGCGCUUCCCCCAACCCGCUGAGUCCCCUCCCCUUCCCCACCCGGACCCCCUCCUUCCGCCGCCGGGCCCCCGCCCGGUUCCAGCCACGCGGCCCGCGCCACGUGACGGCCGGGAAGGAGGUCGGGAAGGGGGAGGGGGCGCUGGGGCCGUAACCCCUUCCUCCCCGCCUCGGAGGGCCUUCCUGGGGCUUCCCGCGGGACCCGCGAACCGCCUGAUCCAGCCCACCCUACUUGCGAAAGGUGGCUACCUUUCCAGCCACCCUGCCUUGGGGGCGCAGGUCAAAGCCCUGGGAUCCUGCGGAGUAAAUUCUUGGCCUGGGUUUGUCGUUGGCAUUACGGUGUACAUCUACUCCCCUCCACGGCGCCGAUAGCUCGUAGGAUAUUUUGAGGAUUCAGAGGCUGGAAAUGACUGUGACUAAAGCUUUCUGAGUCUGUUUACUGAAGAAUAUAGAGGGACCGACGGGUACAGCUCCAUCCCUGGGUGGCGGUGAAGAGCCAGGGAGCUCCUGCAUCUUUAGCGUAGGGGCGGCCUUUAAGACGACCGUCCUGCCCGCGCGCCCGUGCUGGGCGAAGCCUAGGAUCCCGGGCGAGAGCGUCGGGGUCUCAUGGAGGGCGGGCUGUCGGAGGAGCCGGACGCCUGAGCCCACAGUGCCUCCGGAUUAAUGGGAGCCACGAUGAAGGAGGGCCCACGGCCCCCCGCCGCACCCAGGCCCAGAGGCCAUGGCCUGCCUCCAUGAGACCCGAACACCCUCUCCCUCCUUCGGGGGUUUCGUGUCCACCCUGAGCGAGGCGUCGAUGCGCAAGCUCGACCCGGACACUUCUGACUGCACCCCUGAGAAGGACCUGACACCCACCCAGUGUGUACUCCGAGAUGUGGUGCCGCUGGGCGGGCAGGGCGGGGGCGGGCCGAGCCCCUCCCCGGGGGGAGAGCCGCCCCCUGAGCCUUUCGCCAAUAGUGUCCUGCAGCUCCACGAGCAGGAUGCAGGGGGCCCUGGGGGAGCCACGGGGUCACCUGAGAGUCGGGCAUCCAGGGUCCGAGCCGAUGAGGUGCGGCUGCAGUGCCAGAGCGGCAGCGGCUUUCUGGAAGGGCUCUUCGGCUGCCUGCGACCUGUCUGGACCAUGAUCGGCAAAGCCUACUCCACAGAGCACAAGCAGCAGCAGGAAGACCUGUGGGAGGUCCCCUUUGAGGAGAUCCUGGACCUGCAGUGGGUGGGCUCAGGGGCCCAGGGCGCGGUGUUCCUGGGACGCUUCCACGGGGAGGAAGUGGCUGUAAAGAAGGUACGGGACCUGAAGGAGACGGACAUCAAGCACCUGCGGAAGCUGAAGCACCCCAACAUCAUCACCUUCAAGGGCGUAUGCACCCAGGCUCCCUGCUACUGCAUCCUCAUGGAGUUCUGCGCCCAGGGCCAGUUGUACGAGGUCCUGCGGGCUGGCCGCCCUGUCACCCCCUCAUUGCUGGUUGACUGGUCCAUGGGCAUCGCCGGUGGCAUGAACUACCUGCACCUGCACAAGAUUAUCCAUAGAGACCUCAAGUCCCCCAACAUGCUAAUCACGUACGACGAUGUGGUGAAGAUCUCCGAUUUUGGCACUUCCAAGGAGCUGAGUGACAAGAGCACCAAGAUGUCCUUUGCAGGGACAGUAGCCUGGAUGGCCCCUGAAGUGAUCCGCAACGAGCCUGUGUCCGAGAAGGUUGACAUCUGGUCCUUUGGCGUGGUGCUGUGGGAACUGCUGACUGGUGAGAUCCCCUACAAAGACGUAGAUUCCUCAGCCAUCAUCUGGGGCGUGGGAAGCAACAGUCUCCAUCUGCCAGUGCCCUCCAGCUGCCCAGACGGCUUCAAAAUCCUGCUUCGCCAGUGUUGGAACAGCAAACCAAGAAAUCGUCCAUCGUUCCGUCAGAUCCUGCUGCACCUGGACAUCGCCUCAGCCGACGUCCUGUCCACACCCCAGGAGACUUACUUUAAGUCCCAGGCAGAGUGGCGCGAAGAGGUAAAGCUGCACUUUGAAAAAAUUAAGUCAGAAGGGACCUGUCUGCACCGCCUAGAAGAGGAGCUGGUGAUGAGGAGGAGGGAGGAGCUCAGACACGCCUUGGACAUCCGGGAGCACUACGAAAGGAAGCUGGAGAGAGCCAACAACCUGUACAUGGAGCUUAAUGCCCUCAUGUUGCAGCUGGAGCUCAAGGAGAGGGAGCUGCUCAGGAGGGAACAAGCUUUAGAGCGGAGAUGCCCAGGUCUGCUUAAAUCACACCCUUCCCGAGGCCUCCUGCAUGGGAACACUAUGGAGAAGCUCAUCAAGAAGAGGAACGUCCCACAGAAACUGUCACCCCACAGUAAAAGGCCAGAUAUCCUCAAGACUGAAUCUUUGCUACCUAAACUUGAUGCUGCCCUGAGUGGGGUGGGGCUUCCUGGGUGUCCUAAGGGCCCCCCCUCACCAGGACGAAGUCGUCGUGGCAAGACUCGACACCGCAAGGCCAGCGCCAAGGGCAGCUGUGGAGACCUGCCUGGGCUUCGUGCAGCUUUGCCACCCCAUGAACCUGGGGGACCAGGAAGCCCAGGGGGGCUAGGAGGGGGACCCUCAGCCUGGGAGGCCUGCCCUCCAGCCCUACGUGGGCUCCACCAUGACCUCCUGCUUCGAAAGAUGUCUUCAUCAUCCCCGGAUCUGCUGUCAGCAGCACUGGGAGCCCGGGGCCGAGGGGCCACAGGGGGAGCUGGGGAUCCUGGCUCACCACCUCCAGCUCGGGGAGAUACCCCGCCAAGUGAGGGCUCCGCACCAGGCUCCACCAGCCCAGAUUCACCUGGGGGAGCCAAAGGGGAGCCACCUCCACCAGUAGGGCCUGGUGACGUUGUGGGGCUGCUGGGAACUGGAAGGGAAGGGACGGCGGGACGGGGAGGAAGCCGGGCUGGGUCCCAGCACCUGACCCCAGCUGCACUGCUGUACAGGGCUGCUGUCACCCGGAGCCAGAAACGUGGUAUCUCAUCGGAGGAAGAGGAAGGAGAGGUGGACAGUGAAGUAGAGCUGCCAUCAAGCCAGAGGUGGCCUCAAGGCAUGAACAUGCGCCAGUCACUGUCCACCUUCAGCUCAGAGAAUCCAUCUGAUGGGGAGGAGGGCACAGCCAGUGAGCCCUCCCCCAGCGGCACACCUGAAGUUGGCAGUACCAACACCGACGAGCGGCCAGAUGAGCGGUCUGAUGACAUGUGUUCCCAGGGCUCAGAAAUCCCACUGGACCCACCUGCAUCAGAGGUGGUUCCUGGCCCCGAACCCAGCUCCCGACCCAUCCCACACCAGGACCUACCCAGAGGGGAGCAGGGCCCUCCCACUAAUGAGGACUCAGACUGUGACAGCACUGAACUGGACAACUCCAACAGUGGUGAAGCCUUGCAGCCUCCAGCCUCCCUCCCUCCAUGAAAGCCACUCUGAUUCCUGUACAUAGAAAAAUUAUUUAUAUAAAUAAUAUAUAAGCGCCACAUAAUCAACAGAGAAAGAUGGGGCUGUCCCAGCCUUAAGUCAGGCUCAAGGGAGUCUGACCCCUGACCAAUUCACCUGAUGAAACUCUAGGGCUACUGGCAGCUGUGGAAAUGAAGGACAAGUACUACCCUAGAGCUGUGGGUACGGGCAGACUGGCCCCUUCCUGCUUCACCCCAUUAUGUUCAGCGAGCGGUAAGGCAAUAGAAAAGCCAGACUUGCCUCUUACGUUCCUCUAUACUCUUUUCCCCCAACCCUGGGGAGGAGGAAAGGGAGCCACUUAGACUGCACUUUUUUGUUUUCCGUUUACUCUGUUUACACAUUUUGCACUUGGGAGGAGGGAGGCGAAGGCUGGGUCCUCCCCUCUGAGGUUUCUCAGGUGGCAAUGUAACUAAUUUCUUUGUCCCUCCAUUUCUCUGCCCAGGCCCUGGCUUAGGGCUGAGGGGGAGGUUAGGAGAUUGUGAAAGCAUGUGAUGGCUCAGGCUGAAGGAAGGGGAUGAUAAGUUUUAAGUCCCUGCUUUUAUCCUGGUGCCUGAUUGGGGUGGGGACUGUCAUAUUGUAACCCCUGUGAAAAAUCUUAAAAUAUAGCCACUCCACGCAGGCCCA